CCCCUGCUUUGCAUCUCAAAUUCAACAGUUGUGUAGUGCUUACAGUAAGGACCCGUGCUUUCGCUUUCUUGGUGUUCAAUUCAUCCCUCGAGUGUUGCCUGAUGUGGAGGUUCCAGGCAACAUCAUCAAACAACACACCCAUGCUGCUGCAAACUCGCACCUGUGAUGGCCAAAGGUACCGUUUGCAGAAAGGAAGUAAAACUAGGCCCGUAUACCACCUGGGGCAAGCCUCUAAUGAUGCAAUCAAUACAAUCGAAAAGAAGAUUUGGAGAUGGCUCAGUACAAACAAACAGCGUUUUCGGACCGACGACAUAGACUCUUUAUGGAAUUCGUUCUACGACUUCUUCAUGACAGACGCAAUGGCACCUCUGGAGGGAUUUUUAGUGCCCCUCCAGCGUUCCACCGCCGUGGACGAGGUUGACGUGAAGGUGGUGCAGCAGGAGUUGAAGGAGCUGCUCCGCGGACAAGACAAGCACGUCGCCGACCUGCUCAGCGACUAUUUCUGCAGCAGCCCUGGCCUGAAGAUAAGAUGCCUCAAACGCGGAGGGAAAAGUUUUAGCACGGACACGGAAAUGGCUGAAUUCGCCAACGGUGAAUUGAAGCAGACGAUGCUUCUGUUUGCUGGCUCUGAUCCUGGACCUGGAAAGCAUGAAAGGAUGCAGAGGGUCGUCACAGAGGACAUGGUGUUAGAAGCCAUCGAGAACAUCAAGGAAUCGCGAAAAAGCAGCGGACUUUUGCUCAUCACGCAGGAGAUGCUGACCCUGGCCCCUAGAGCGAUGGCAGCGGUGCUCUACAAAUUCUAUGACAAAAGUUUGCGGGAGAAGAGUCUGCCGGCGGACUGGCUAAACUCGGUCAUCACCCUGGCGCACAAAGACACAGAUCUCGACCCCACACUCGUCGAUAAUUAUCGCCCGAUUGGAAUCACCUGUGUUCCUUCUAAAAUUUUGGAGUCGUUAGUCGGGAGUCACCUGCAGCAGUUCAUGGAGAGACACUGGAGUCACUCCCAGCACGGUAAUCGGCCAAAGUUUUCCAGCGAGACCCUUCUGGUGACUGCUCUGGAGGAUAUCCGAGGCGACCUGCGGCGCUACGGCCGCGUCGACUGCUUACGACUCGACUUCAGCAAGGCGGGCGAGCGGGUGGUGCACUCGGUGCUGAUCGCCAAGCUGGAGCGGCUCGGCGUCGACGCCACCACCGUCGGCUGGGUGCGAGCGUUCCUGCGCGGACGGAAGCAGUGCGUGCGGGUCGGCAACGCGAUUUCGUCCUUCGCAGAGGUCACGUGCGGCCUGCCUCAAGGCAGUCCUUUGAGCAGCGUGCUGCUCGCCAUUUACCUGAACGAUUUGAACCAAGGACCAAUCAGGGCACGUCUGUACCAGUACUGCGACGACACGUUGAUUGCCAAGGCAAUCACGCAACACAAGGACCGCCAAGAGCUGCAGUUGGCGCUUGACUGGGUCCAGCAGUGGAUGAUAUAUAACCACAUGACUGUCAGCUCUGAAAAGUGCCAGGCCAUAUCCUUCCAGCGGCCCAAUCAGCGUAGGGCGUCCACUCUGAAGGUUCAAUACUGGCUGGAUGGCAAUUCCGUGCCUGUCGUGCCGCACAUCAAGUUCCUGGGCCUCCACCUGAGCUGCGACCUGACCUGGGAUAAGCACGCCAAAAGCCUUCUUGAACGUUGGCUGCCUGUGGCCGAGUAUUUCAAGAAGUUGCCCGCCAAGCAGAAGGCUGUCUGCUACCAGCUAUUCAUACAAAAUGGCCUGGAAAAGUACUGCCUCAUCUGGGGCAGCCGUCUGGAGCGGGACAACCCAAAAUUAUUUGACCGCAUCGACCGAAUCCGCCGUGACCACGCUGCCAACCCUUCCCUCUCCGAACGGUUGAUAAUUAUAAAGCUGGAAUUCAUGCUGAAACUCUUCAGACGCCCCAUCGCGUACAAGGAGCUGAUCAACGAGUGCCUCGACAAGAGGAGCACCAGAUUCAGGAGCAACAAAUUCGAAUCGCUUGUGUCUAGUUCAGACUCGAUCAUCGGGGAUGCCGUCGCUGAGCUGAGCUCUUUCAACAAAUCGACGUGCUUCAGCAGCUCUUUCAACAGCUCUUCUCGAAAGAAAAUCGCCAAAUACGCCGAUGGUAAAAUAAAUUGGAGCUUGUGGUGGAUUCUGACCGUCGCCUGGUGCUUUUUGACCAUCGAUUUAUGGUGCAAGGAUCCACCCAGCGACCGUGCUCUGCGUUUGCUCGACAAAUGUUUUCAUCCAAGCCACAACAUUUUCAGUUUGUUAUGGAAUAAAUUUUUUAAAAGACUGUUUAAAAUGCGUGGUGAUCGACUUUUCAUUUAUUUAAUAUGUUUGAUAAUUCUGUCCUUCACAUUCGAGAUUUUCGGAAUAAUAUGAUGUAAGACUCUAUAUUAAACUCACAAUUUAUUAAAUAAUAAACGUAUUUUUUUAUCCCAUGAGCAAUGAGUUUUCAGGAGAGGAAUUUUGAUUUGAGCUGGACUUUGAAACCAUUUCUCUUUGCUAAUUUGUUGGCCCUAAAUAACUAUGGGUAUUGCUGACAAAGCUCCAAUUUCACGCAAAAAGUCAACAUGUCUUGCUUGAUAGUUAUUAAAUAAUAGCGAUCUACUGCUUGUAUAUUUUACUUUCUCGAUGCAUAACGGCAGAAAUGAAUCAUGCAUGUCUCAAAGCGCGCGUGUUAGGAAUCUGCUGACGUCGCUUCUGAGGGGCAGCAAAUAAAAAGAUGAGAAUCAGCAAUUUUUGG